GCAUCUCAGUCUGGCCUCCCCUUGGCUUCCAGGCCCGAUCCGCUACUUUUGCACUCCGUUUGCGGUGGUGCAAAACUUGGGGCGCUUCAGACCUCAGGGACACGAGAGGAGGGCGCGUGCCGAUGCUCAUCGAACCGGUGGCACUUGGCAGGGCCUAACCGGCCUCCCGGUUUCCCUCCCCGGACCGGUUUUUGAGGCACUGCUGCCAUGCAUUCCGGGGGUCGCGGACGAUCCCGGCUUCGGCUCUCGGAACGAGGCCUCCUGCAGCCCCCCUCGCCGGUGAAGCGUCGCCUGUUCCCGCGGGCGCAGCUGCUGCCUUUCCUGCUGCUGGCCCUGGCUACCCUGCUGGUCGGGUAUAUCAUCUGGAGCAAUUGGCUCCGCCAGACGGAGGACAGCCUGCUUCGGGGUCCGGCUCCCAGGACCCCGCUCCCUGAAGAACAGCUGCGGAGAGUCGUGGGCCUACUGGCCCCAGAGCGGCUCUGGAACACUUACCUGCGUCCCCUGCUGGUCGUGCGGACGCCGGGCAGCCCGGGUAAUCUUCAAGUCCGAAAGUUUCUGGAGACCUCCUUGCGAUCUCUGGCAGCGGGCUGGCACGUGGAGCUCGACCCCUUCACAGCGUCAACUCCCUUGGGGCCACUGGACUUUGGCAAUGUGGUGGCCACGCUGGACCCCGGGGCCGCGCGCCACCUCACCCUUGCUUGCCACUACGACUCCAAGCUCUUGCAGUCUGCGGGGACUCCCUUCGUAGGGGCCACGGACUCUGCCGUGCCUUGUGCCCUGUUACUGGAGCUGGCGCAUGCCCUGGACCAGGAGCUGAGCCAAGCCAAGGAGCGGGCGGACCCCGUGACAUUGCAACUGCUCUUCUUGGAUGGUGAAGAGGCGUUGAGGGAGUGGGGACCCCUGGACUCCCUUUAUGGCUCCCGGCACCUGGCCAAGCUCAUGGAGGCCGAACCCCACAGCCCCGGCCCCACUAGGAUCCAGGCCAUCGAGCUCUUCGUGCUCCUUGACCUCUUGGGCGCUCCCUACCCCACCUUCUACAGCCACUUCCCACGCACGGCCCGCUGGUUCCACCGGCUAAGGAAUAUCGAGAAGCGCUUGCACCGUUUGAAACUGCUGCAGUCCCACCCGCAGGAAACGAUGUACUUCCAGCCCGGGGAGCCCCUGAGUCUGGUGGAGGACGACCACAUCCCUUUUCUCCGCCGAGGGGUUCCGGUGCUGCACCUCAUCUCCACGCCCUUCCCCGCCGUCUGGCACACAGUCCAGGAUUCGGAGGCCAACCUGCAUCCACCCACAGUCCACAACCUCAGCCGAAUCCUCGCCGUGUUCCUGGCCGAGUACUUGGGCCUCUAGCCCCACUGCUGACUCCCAGGAGUACCCUCAAGCAGCCUCUAAAAUCCUGGGGGUGGACCUGUGGACUCUCAAACUGCUUCUCCUCAAAGCAGCCUGAGAGGUGGGGAGCUGUAGGGUUGAGAGUGGGAUCCAUGUUCUGAGGGAACUCAUGGGACCAAAGAGGGACCAAUGCGGACUACAUGGAC